CGAGAACAUCCAAGGUAAUAAUUGUUUACGGCCGUUGCUACUCUGUAGUACACUUACUUGAAAUACAGGUCUCACCUUUCAUCUUUCGUCUUCAUUACUACAGGCCGUGGAAAACACUUUUGCGGUUUUCGAGUCUCCCUCUCUCACACACACUUCCUCCAACCCUCACCAGACGCCCAACCUAAUCGUGGUUUAUCCUCCGCCGCCUCAGUCCUUCUCAUCCUCCUCCACGCCGUUACAAUGCCUCUCCAGAAACAUGAAUACCUCUCCUCGGUAUGGCGAGAUGGCAUCUUCACCGACAAGGUCGUCUUCUGCACCGGCGGCAACGGUAGCAUCUGUUCCGCUCAAGUGCGGGCUCUGGUGCACCUCGGAGCCAACGCGUGCAUAGUCGGACGCAAUGUCGAAAAGACGGAACGUAUGGCAAAGGACAUUGCGACCGCACGACCGGGUAGUAGGGUUUUGGGCAUAGGCGCGGUGGACGUCCGCAACGUCGACUCCCUUCAAAAGUCGAUCGAUACCUGCGUCAAGGAACUUGGAGGGAUCGAUUUCCUAAUUGCCGGGGCGGCAGGAAACUUUCUAGCUCCUCUCGCUCAAUUGUCACCCAACGCCUUCAAGUCGGUCAUGGACAUUGACAUUCUGGGAUCUUACAACGUCACCAAACUCGCCCUGCCUCACCUCGUGGCCUCGGCCAAGAGACACAACUCGUCGUCCUCGCUCCCGCAUUCGUCGUCCGGCACCCCGGGCGGCCGCAUCAUCUACGUGUCGGCGACCAUCCACUACACGGGCCUGCCGAUGCAGACCCACGUCGCCGUCGCAAAGGCCGGCAUCGACGCCCUCUCGGCCAACGUGGCCAUCGAGUACGGCCCGCUGGGCGUCACCAGCAACAUCAUCGCCCCCGGCCCCAUCGCGGGCACCGAGGGCAUGGACAGGCUGUCCAAGGAACACAAGUCGGGGGGUUCCAAGACGAGCAAGCGCAUCCCGUUGGGCAGGUGGGGCCUGAUCAAGGAGAUCGCGGACGCCACCGUCUUCCUGUUCAGCGACACGGGCAACUACAUCACCGGCGACAACCUGGUGGUCGACGGCGGGGCGUGGCGCACCUCCGGAGGCACCCCCGGCGGCGACUUUGUCUAUCCCGACUUCAUCCUCUCCGGGGCGGAGGUUACCGGGGUGGCGGGCAGCAAAAAGAAGAAGGCGACGCCCGCUUCUAAACUAUAGACGACUAUAUAAGAGGACGCCUCCCACACGCCCGAGGUUUGCUUUUUUUUGGUAUGCACGAGUUACGGAGUUCCAAACGAAAGCGUUUUGAUUAUAUACCUAUCUACGAAAGAAUUGAAGGCGCUUACACCC